CCUCAAUCCAAGUUCACCAGAUUAUCUACGUCAUCGUGCCAGGCAACGUGUAUACGAAUUUGAAAAGUCCAGCGAUAUCAUUGAUAGACUAGCCAAAACAAUGACCGUGAACUAUAUCCCUGAACAGCAAAGAUCUGAAGCCCUUAAUAAGCAACUGGAGGCGUUUCUUUCACUUCGAGAUCAGACGGCAAAUGAAAAUCACCAAACUGACUUCCUUGGUGGCUGA